AUGGCUUCUUCCCUGGUUGACCCGCAGGAACGCGCUCACCUAAGAGACAAGUAUAAGCAAGCAGCGCGAUCCAUCAUCCAAGAGCUCCAGUCUCGGUCCAAGCCUGCCUACACGCACACUGAGCUCGCUCAAUUCCGAGUGUCCGUCCAACCCAUCGAUCCAGAGGAUCACAAAUUCACCGAUUCCGAAGCUUGUCUUUUCCCGCCACUCACCCAGGAAGAGCUUAAAGAAUAUAAAAUCGACAAAAAAACCCUUUCUAGGGACGAGCAUCACUACAUCACCGAAUUCAAGGACACUUUCCAUGACCUCACAGACGAGGUUCCAGAGCAUUGCCAGAUGUGGGAGAGAGCUGGUCAAAUUCUAUUCUAUCUUGAGGUCUUCGAGUCAAAGUCCGAGAGGAAGAGUGGGAGAUCGACAUCCUCAAUACAGGACCUUUCGCAUUGGGAUUAUAUCAAACUCCAACAGGAAUGUUAUGCGGUGUUAAAUUUGGACAUUCAAAGCCUCAGGAUCUUCCGAGAUGAAACGCCCACUCUACUUGAUCCGAAGACCACUCGCCCUCACAUCAAACUUUUGACUCUCACUGGUGCAAAGGCGAAAGAAAAUGAACUACUCCAUGGCGAGUUAGCACCUAUUGCAAACGUCCUCUACUGCCGUCUCAAACAGCCAGAAUUCGAGGAUACCUCACUCUUCCCAGUACUCGUCAUCUCGCUCUUUGGGACAAGGCACGGCCGUCUCCUACAGGCUAAAUUCGAUAACUCCGGUAUUUUCUGGCUCCCUUACGAGCAACAGCAACGGCUGUUCCAGUUACUAAAUCCAGGGCCUACGAAAAAGGAGAGGGCCCAUGGCAAGAAUGAGGAGCUUGUGAAUGCUUCACUUAUCAAUUUCUUGCAAGCAGUCUGCGCGAAGCACUGUGAUGUGGUUAGUGACUGGAAUCCGGCUCGAGUGAAGUUGACCUUCGACUUCAUGGAGGUCAAGAUGGACAAGGAAAUCGGAGAACUCGGAUCGGAUGUCUUUAGCUUGUCUUGCCAGGUAGAUGGCUUCCUAGAGUCGAGGUCAACCUUUCGAGCCCAAGCAAUUCUAGAAGCGAAAGCUCUAGGGCGCACAAACCAUGAACCGAAAGUCUCGUGGCAGGAGGCCAUGGAAAUGGUUACAGCCCUAUUGAAUGAGCAUCCCAAGAAGAGCCUUUCGAAGGACAGGUGA